AUUCAUUUAGUUCACAUUUGUAUUGCCACGGAGUCGUUAUGGAAAUGCCACGAGGCUGGGGAAAGGCCACGGGUUCCUGAACGCGGAUCUCCCGCGGUCGCCGCCAAGCAAACCCAUCGCUCAGGAGCAUCACUCACUGCACCCACGCAGCUUACUACUCUUUGACACUGAAUAGUCAACUGCGGACGGACUUCUUUGUCGCAACCUAUCUUUCCCGCGUUCUCCUUUGAAUCUCUCCCCUCGCAACAGUCAAGAUGGGCGCCGCAAAGAACAAGUACUCGGUCAUUCUCCCAACCUACAAUGAGCGGAAGAACCUCCCUAUUAUCUGCUGGUUGUUGGAGCGCACCUUCCGUGAAAACAACCUGGACUGGGAAGUUGUCAUCGUCGACGAUGGCUCCCCCGACGGCACCCUUGAAGUCGCCAAACAGCUCCAGAAGCUCUGGGGCCCCGAACAUAUCAACCUGAAGCCGCGUGAGGGCAAACUCGGUCUUGGAACAGCCUACGUUCACGGUCUUCAAUACGCCACAGGCAACUAUGUUAUCAUUAUGGACGCCGACUUCAGCCACCACCCCAAAUUCAUCCCAGAGAUGAUUCGCAUCCAGAAGGAAACGGACGCCGAUAUUGUCACGGGCACGCGGUACGCCAGUCGCGACAACAUCAAGGGUGGUGUGUACGGCUGGGAUCUAUUCCGGAAGUUUACGUCGCGAACGGCCAACCUCAUCGCCGAUGUCAUGCUCAUGCCUGGUGUGAGCGAUUUGACGGGCAGCUUCCGGUUGUACAAGAAGAGUGUAUUGGAGAAGGUCAUCCAUAGCACCCAGAGCAAGGGGUACAGUUUCCAGAUGGAGAUGAUGGUGCGGGCCAAGGCCAUGGGCUUCAAAGUUCAGGAGUGCCCGAUCACCUUCGUUGAUCGAUUGUACGGAGAGAGUAAGCUGGGCGGUUCUGAGAUUGUGGAGUACUUGAAGGGUGUUUUUACCUUGUGGUUGAAGGUCUGAAUGGUUUCUUUGACCUCUGUUGUUUGGGGUCUUUGUUCAGGGGCCGCUCGGUGGUCUUCGAUAUACUAGUAUACCCUCCGUUUUCGUCUCUCUUGCGGCAAAGCUUUCUUAAUCUUUCUUG